AUGAACGAGCCAAUGAAUGGAUUGCAUGCUGAAGCCGAUGAAGAUGAGGUCGUGACACUUGCAGAUGUACUAAAGCAUAAUGAGCACAUGACAGAGACAGCGGAUGCGGUAUUAGGUGAUGCAAGUGAAACAAAUUGCAGUUAUCCAUUGGGAUACAUACGUCAGGCUAUUUAUGCUUGUAUGACAUGCACUCCUGAAGCGUUAGAAAAGCCUGAAACACGUGCAGGUGUGUGUUUAGCUUGUACAUACGAUUGCCAUCAAGAUCAUGAGCUUAUUGAGUUGUAUACGAAACGUUCAUUUCGUUGUGAUUGUGGCAAUGAAAAGUUCCAUAAGAAUAAUCCAUGCAAGUUGGAAGUGAACAAGACACAGAUAAACCCACGUAACAUUUAUUCGCAAAACUAUGGAGGAGUCUAUUGUAAUUGUCAUCGACCAUAUCCAGACCCGGAACGUACAAGUGCGGAAAUUAUGGUGCAAUGUGUCAUUUGUGAAGACUGGCUGCACGAGGAGCACAUAUUGAACAAUGUGAUUGAAACGUCUACAAGUCCCAAGGCUGAAAAGGAGGCAUUGGCUUUGGUCGAGACGGACAAUGAGUCACGUAGAAAUGGGCAUGCGAAUAAAGCUACGGAUUGCAAAGAUGUCGUGUUGCCUGAAGACUUUGACGAGCUCAUUUGCUUUGAUUGCAUGAGAAAACACCCAUUUCUCAUGGCGUACACAGUGGACAGCUCGGAUGUGGAAGCUAGAGAGGACGAGAGUAUUGCUGCUGCUGCUCGUGGUGAUGGAGACCCAUCCAAAGCGACGCAGACUGACACGAACGAAUGUGUGCUCAAGAAAAAGCAGCAGCAGUAUGAGGCCGAGGGCUCAACGACUUUGCGGCCAACUUUUUGGCCGAGCGAGUGGCGUAAUGAGCUUUGCCAUUGCUCGUCGUGUAUCACGCUUUUCGAGAAGCAUGAUAUUGCUUUCCUUCUGGAUCCUAAUGACGCGUUGCACGUGUAUGAAGCUAGCGCAAGGGAGAAGAAAAUUGCUUCGGCCGAGGAAAUUGCUCAGCGCGCGUUUGCAAACAAGCUAACACACGAGCAACAGGUUGAGGUCGCCAUGGGCUACAGUAUCAUGAAGAAUAAUCUUCAGCAAUAUCUUGCAGGUUUUGCGGCAGAAGGCAAGACGGUACGAAAGGAAGACAUCAAUGAUUUCUUCACGGGGCUGAGCCAACUCAAGCGACAGAAAAUAGAGUAA